UCUUUUGUGAAAAGGAAAUGCUUUUUCAUCAUUAAUCCAUUGGGAUUGUCACUGUAAUAUAGUCAGUCACCUUUAUACCUCAUCCUCCUCACUGUGGCAAAGGGAAAGGUUGCUGUGUCGACUCUGACUGGAAAUUACAUAACCUUGCAACAUGACAGAAUCACACACAUCAAACACAGAACGUCAGGGAGGUGGGAGAUCUGGGAAAAGGGGACUGGAUGCCGGAUCUGGAAAAACAAAGUCACAGGCAAGUCUGUUGAGCCACAGAAACACAAUACACACACGGCACAGCAACAUGGGAGAUCAAAAGAUGAGACGUGAGCUUAAUGGGCUGAAUGAACAAUUCUCUGGAACGAAAGAUUUGAUUCAGAAAUCCCUCGAGGCCAGGAAAUUUGCAUACUGCCCCUACAGCAAGUUCCGAGUCGGGGCGGCACUUCUGACACAUGACGGGAUGGUUUUCACAGGUGAGGCAAUGCCUGAAAUGCACUGUAAAGGUACCAAUAUCAGAGAGUUUCAGCAGUCAGUUCCCAGUGCUGGUUGGGUAAGAAACAUCAACUGCUGUAACGAGCGUUUACGCACUCAGAACUGCAGCAUGUUACAAGCAGCAUGUUAUAUGUUACUUUUGUUUUCACCUAUACAGUUUGGUGCAAACUGGGACGUGUAUUUGUCAAAACCUGACGGUUCCUAUGUGGAGAUGACUGUCGAAGAACUGCUGCCUGCAUCUUUUGGUCCAGAAGACUUAGAAAUGAAGAAAGUGAAUAUUCGGAACGAGUUUUGAAGCACUGACUCUAGAAAGACUUUGUACCUAGUAGUUUUGGUAGCUUGUAGAUAGAAAAAGGUUUAUGUGGAUUAAUGAUGUUGUUUAAUGUGACUAAAGGAAUGUCGUAUGUAAAUUAUGUUAAAAAAGAUUUGAAUAAUUUUUUAAUAAAAACAAAGUCAA